UAACGACAAGCUUUCGGCCAUAUUCUCCUUGCAGGCUAGCUUAGCGUCUCUGCGGACCGUACGAUCCAUUUCGUUAAACGAGUAACGCUUUGGUCAAACUUGAACAUGCUCCACGGCCUUCCCCCAGAACUGGUCAUCCAUAUCCUCUCAUUCCUUCCAUUCCAGUCUCUGAGUGCUCUCCAGCAAGUCUCUCGCCCAUGGAACGACUUUGUCCGUACGAACCAGACCUUGGUAUACUACAAUGCGGCCGUGGUCCACGACUUCAUCCACAGUCCGGCGGAGAGUCUAACGUCACUGAACGAGGUCGUUGGGCGACUGGAAGGAAGGCUUUGGCGUGGCGUGAAGUCGUGGAAGGACUUUUGUAGACGGCGGUUCCAGCUGGAGAGGAACUGGGCUGGACAGGGGCAGUCGGUCUUUCGAAAUAUAUCGCCUGGGCGCGACGAUGUGCAUCGACUCAAAGUGGAUGAGAAGGAACGUUUCUGUAUCACUACGCAUAUGAGAGGUGGACUCACUGUCACUAAUCUCAACCCGCCUUACAUCCUCUGGGCCAUACCACCCAUCUGCGUCGAACAAUAUGCACACUGCGAAUACGACAAUGGCUUCCUCAUCUUCAACCGUCUAGGCGAUGCACACGAAAUAUGGCGUCUCGCGCAUCACAUCCCCGAAGGCACCGUCUCGCCGAACUCGCCUCCCGACUUCCUCCAAGUACGCACCUAUAGCUGGACAUCCCGAAAAUUCCGUACAUGUCUCUCCACCUCUCCUCCCCCCGACAACAACACUGAUCAGUCUAGCCAUGGUUACGCAUACCCCUCCGAACUCCAACGCAAAUAUCUAAGGGGACACUUCCGCCCCUGGGCCCUCUUCGAACACACCGAACCCACACGCGCGUUCCGAUUCGUGUAUCCGACACUAUUAGUCGCGGGCGAGUCUUCGCUUUUCUUUUAUGACGUUACGACGGGGGAGUUGAAGCAGACGAUAAGUGAUGCUGUGGAUUCGAAGAUAAGGUAUGUGGAGCUGAGUGAGCGGCAUGCGUUCGUGUGUACGGAUGCGAGUUUGAGUGUGUUUGAGAGGACGGCGGCUGCGACGGAGACGGAGCGAGAAGGCGAGCGCGCGGUGAAGAGGGUAUUGAGGUUGCAGGAUUUUUCGGGUGUGGGGCCGAUUUAUAGGAUUUUGUUACCGGAGAUGCCGAGGAUGGCGGAAGGCUGUAUGUAUGGUGGAGAAGGAGAUGGUGAGGAUGGUAGUGAGGCUCAGACUGUGGUAAACCCGAAGAUGGCGAUCGUACCACAGAAAUUGGAGGGAAUCUAUGCGACUAACGUGAUCACGCAGGAGGAUGGGUAUUAUGCCGUUCACGUCUCCGAGGAUGGUCGCGAUUUAGUGACGGUGCGCUCGGGGGACAUCAUCAUCCUGAAAGACUUCGAGCGCGUAGCGAGAGGCGAAGCCAGUCUUGCGGAUGUAGCCCUGUUCCUCACUCUCGACGGGCCUCGCGCAAUCAAUUACCUCGCCUAUGCACAUGGCAAAAUCGCCGUCGCGACCACAACAGGUUUCUACAUCUUCUCUCUCGACGCCUCCUCGCACCACCUAUCUCUCCCAUCCACAACCUCCAACUCCACCCGUCACGCCCCCCUCCGAACACCCUUCGGCACAAUCCCGCCAACGUUAUCCUACCCACAGCUCAUCAUGUCCCGUGCCCUUCCAGUCGAGAACAUAUCGUCGCACGAACAUUUCAGUUGUUUGCAGUUGACACGGACGGGGAUGUAUUUCACUUGGGAUCCGUGGAGGGCGACGAACGAGGUGAAGAGUAUGGUGUGGGAGGCGCAGGUUGAGGAGCAGGGUGUGAGGUUUAGGGUAAGGGCGCGAUUGAUGCGGUUGCGGCAGGAAAGACUGGAGAGGCUUGUUGCUGUUGGGGACAGGGAAGAGGAGAGUGUGAUGGAGACGGAAACGGAGACGGAUGAUGAAGAGGAAUCAAGAUUGAAGGAUGAGUUGGGGCUGGAUGGGGAGGAUGUUAGUGAUGAGGCACGGAUGGCGAGGGAUGAGGAGAUCAUGGAGGAUUCAUUGAUGAAGACGUUUCCGCAUCUGCAUUGGGCGCUUCCGGGUGAGUUUUCCUCUGAUCAUCUCGUACGAGUAGAGUUGGAGCCGGAGCUGACAUGGACUUGUACGUGCGUGCGUGCGUGCGACGUAGGGAACUAUCAGCCGAGUGUGGGUUGUAUUGAUUUGAGUGUUAUGGAUGUCCAUGGAGUCUGAGGAAGUGAAUAGUGGUCAAGCCUAUCGUGUCAUCGUGUUUUGUAGCUUCAUGUCUUCUAUCCAAUCCUCCUCUCAUGACUACCUCCAAGCCAUAUGCCUGCGCUAAUUGCUAUUCCAGGCCGAUGUUACUGCCUAUGAAUGUGAAGUAUGGUAGUCCCUAUGUAUGAUAUCAGCGCACGGUAGGAAUAAGGAGCACAGUGCUUGUGGCUCCCAUUAAGAAGAGC